AUGGCAACGUCCACGGUGGCGGACCGUCAUGAGAUCGUCGGGAGAACUUCCCCGGAUGUUUCCGAGCGCGUGCUACCCAUGAACGUCUGCCCACCAAGCAGCUUCCCGGACAAGUUUCAGGAUUUCUUCGCAGCGCUUACCGAGGACGGCGACGAUCUACCCAGCAUGCUCGAGGACAAGCUCAUACCGAGGUGAAUGAGGCAAAACCGGGAUGCUAAACCGCAAACUUGCAGAAAGCCGGACACCAUGAGUGUCGACGCGAAAAGCCGGCGCUGGAGCAAGAGGGCUUUCCAAAGGCGGAGCAGCGAGGUCGAGGUCCGUCUGCAUCACACGUCGCUACCCGGAUCUCAGGGUCACAGCAGCGUGGAGUGCGUGGACGGACCGAAGUCGCCGACCCCCUCGAGACGCCGAAGUUCGAGCAUCGCGGUUGCCAGACCCACGCCGGACUUGCACAGAUUUCUGCAAACGGAGGCCGGUCCCUGGGGUCACCUGUCGCCCUCGCCUAGAAGCCCGACCAGAACACCGGCGCUGAGCCCCGGAGCCGCGUCGUCGUCGUCGGCGCACCUGAGCGCGAGCGCAAGCCCGAGCGGGGGACCCAGUCCGACGAGUCCUUGCGGCCCGGCUGGCCUGGCAUCCGGGUUUCGCGGAGGUCCCGGCCCCAGGCAGUAUCGCAGCAGAACAAGCAGUAUGCCAGCGGUCCCACGUCACAGGCCGAUGCUGGCCGAGACGAGACGCGGGGGUGGCGCGGCGGCGGGCGAGGAGGGCGAGAUCGAGGACGGCGUCGAGUAUUACAGGCUUCGGUCCUUCUCCAUAACGGCGAACGGGGUGUACAACCUGGGCGACUCGCUGAAGACCCGCCGCAGCAGGAGCAUCAACAGCGUCACCUCCUCCACCAGCUGCAGCAGCACCCGGGAGACCAGAUUACUCAGCUCGGCCUCGCAGCUCUCCGGCAUCGAGGCGGAGGAGGACGCCGGCAGCGAGCGGGUGGCGACGUACAAAGUGGGCAUGCUGGGGGCGUCGGAAGUCGGGAAAACCGCCCUAACUGCACAAUUUACCACGAGCGACUACAUUUGCGCUUACGACGCCUCUCUCGACGAGGAGUACGGACAGAAGAACGUAUCCGUGAUGCUCGACGGCCAGGAGACGGAAUUAGAAAUCAUUGAUCAUCCCGCCGCGGAGAUGUCAGUCGAGACCUUUUGUUCGACUUACAAUCCGGACGUGUAUGUGGUGGUGUACUCGGUGGUGGACAGAAGAAGCUUAAAGGUGGCGGAAGAGACGUUGCUCUAUUUGUGGAAGAGCGAUUACAUGGCGACUCACGGUGUCAUCCUGGUCGGUAAUAAAGUGGACCUCGAGAGGAAGCGGGAGGUCCCGUCGGUGGUUGGCCGCCGUUUGGCGAACAGUUGCGGUUGCAAGUUCAUCGAGACUUCGUCGGGUCUGGCCCACCACGUGGACGAGCUCCUGGUCGGCAUUCUGGCGCAGAUCAAGCUGAAUCCGCAGCGCAGCCGGGACCAGGCGACCAGGCGCCGUCGCAGCAAACACCGCAGGCGCAUUCUGAAGCACCUGCUCGGCUUCAAGAGGAAGACCAAGAGUUGCGAGAACCUCUUCGUUCUCUAACGACGCGGCGGCGUC